AUGGAGGUUCAGGAGUUGUACGAAACGCUAACUGACCCAGGUCCGACCGAACAAUUUCAAGAGGAUACGGCUACCGAUUUCGUGAAAACGCCCCCUGAGCAGCAAAAAGGGAAGAAAAGGCUAACUGAUGCUACCGGUGUGGUCAAGGAUAAAAUUUGCCCAGCCCGCCAAAGUGUAUACACGAAGUGUAAGAAAGUGGGUCUUUAUGCAAGUGUAUGCAAGAUAAAACCCAGCAAUGAUUCAGCAACGGGGAAGUCAAGUGAUAGAAAGAGAGAGCUUCUAGAGACAAAAUGCCUGCAAGAGGUGGUCGAGGACGACAUGGAGGAUGAUGAACUUUUGCUACCUUUGAUUGUUGUGGAUGGAGAAAUCCCUCCACUCCUAGGCAGAAACUGGUUGGAGCAACUGAAGUUAAAUUGGCCCAAUAUCUUUCAUGUGAGCAAAGCUGACACUGUGUCUGAUGUUCUAAAUCAUCUCAAAAGGGUAUUUCACAAGGGACUGGGACCCAUCAAAGGUUUAAGGGCAGAGAUAAAGUUUCAAGAUGAUGCAACACCGAUAUUCUGCAAAGCUCAUCCAGUUCCCUAUGCACUACUCCAAAAGGUGGAAGAAGAAAAAGACCGAAUGGAGAAGUUAGGAGUCAUCAAGAAGGUGAAAUGGAGUGCCUGGGCUUCUCCUGUUGUCUGCGUGCCCAAGAAAGAUGGAAGAAUACGCAUCUGUGGUGACCUCAAGGUGUUAGUGAACCAGGUCCUUCUAGACAACCCUUACCCGCUGCCGGACACCGAAGAUAUAUUUGCCAGAUUGGGAAGUGGAACUGUGUUCAGCAAGAUUGAUUUGUCAAAUGCCUAUCAGCAAAUGGAACUGAGCAGGGAUAGCCAACAAUACCUAACUGUGAACACUUACAAAGGAUUCUAUCCCAAUCAACGCCUAACCUAUGGCAUCGCCUCUCCCCCUGCACUUUUUCAGUCAACCAUGGAUCAGAUAUUACAGGGAAUGGACAAUGUGCGUUGUAGUAUCGAUGACAUCAUAAUCAGAACAGAUCCCCAUGAAGAACUUGCAAGUGCUAGAUGAGGUGUUGACUCGGCCGGAAAGCCAUGGCAUAUUAGCUAAGAAGUCUAAGUGUGAGUUCAUGGUUACAAAUAUAGAGGUCCUAGGUUACCGUGUAGACGGGGAAGGCCGACAUCCCACAGAAGAGAAGAUUGCAGCUAUUACCGCAGCACCAAGUCCAAAGAACGUAGCAGUACUCCGCUCUUACUUAGGGCUGCGAACUAAUAUGGACACUUCAUUCCUAAUCUUUCCACCUUGCUUUAACCGUUACACGAAUUGUUUCAGAAAAAAUAUGGCAAUUAUUUUCUUGGGUUGAUUGACCGCCAUUCCAAGUGAAUAGAGGUGGCAUAUAUGAGAUCCAACACUUCUCAAAGGCCUAUUGAUCAAAUGAGAAUGUGGUUUACGGGAUAUGGAUUGCCAGAAGAAGUUGUCUCGGACAAUGUGCCCUAAUUCAUUUCCCAGGAAUUCACAGAUUUCCUUAAGGCGGCUGAACACCGUUUUUGAUACCUGUGUUUCUUUCA